UCUGGAAACGAGGCAAAUUCAAAAGAGCCCAGACACUCGCAUCGUGUCUAGAUCUGCUUCACGGCUAUUUUAUUUAUCCAUUUUGCAUUUACAAAUCAACCCGAUCAAAAUGGGUAAACCAAAGAAAAAUGGAAACAGCGGCAAGCAGAGUUUUAACCCAUCAAAGAGUAGCACAAAUCCGGAUCGUGCAAAACCAGAUCUUGGUUCAAAGAUGAGAAGCAAAGCCACUGUGAAGAGACUGAAAAUGUACAAAUCUGGAAAACCAACAAGGGAUAAGGAUGGAAAGAUUAUUGAAGCUGCUGAAUUUCAAAAGCGUGUUAAAUCAGGAGAGGUUGCCAGAGUGGCACCUAAUAGAAAAUGGUUUGGUAACACACGAGUGAUAACCCAAGGAGCACUACAAACAUUUCAGACAGAGAUGGGAAAAGUUAUGAAAGACCCUUACAAGGUUGUCAUGAAGAGUUCAAAGCUUCCACUUUCUUUGUUGCAAGAUCGUAAAAAGACAGCUAGAGUUCAUUUGUUGGAUACGGAGAGCUUUGGAAAUACCUUUGGCCCAAAGGCUCACAGAAAACGCCCAGCUUUGAAAUCAGCUGACCUAAAGGACCUUGUAGAAACAGCAAUGAAAUCAAAUGAUAUGUAUGAUACUGAGAAAGAUAAAGAUAGGGUUACUGAAGAUCUAGAUGACGUCAGAGAAUCAGCUCGACAUUCCAUGUUCUCCAAAGGACAGUCAAAACGGAUUUGGAAUGAACUUUUUAAAGUCAUAGAUUCCUCAGAUGUCGUCAUCCAGGUACUGGAUGCACGUGACCCGAUGGGCACCCGGUCGAGACAUAUUGAGAACUAUAUGAAGAACGACAAACCGCACAAACACUUGAUAUUCGUGCUCAACAAAUGCGAUCUGGUUCCUACGUGGGCUACGAGGAGAUGGAUUGCAGCACUGUCUGCAGAAUACCCCACGUUAGCUUUUCAUGCCAGUGUGCAAAACCCGUUUGGUAAAGGAGCUUUGAUUCAGUUACUCAGACAGUUUGGAAAGCUUCAUUCUGAUAAAAAGAAUAUCAGUGUGGGUUUUAUUGGAUAUCCAAAUGUUGGCAAAAGCUCGAUUAUCAAUACGCUGAUGAAAAAGAAAGUUUGCAAGACAGCACCCAUACCCGGCGAAACAAAGGUUUGGCAAUAUGUGACCCUGAUGCGACGAAUCUAUCUUGUUGAUUGCCCUGGUGUUGUACAUCCAUCUGGAGACACGGAAACUGAAAUAGUGUUGAAAGGAGUUGUUAGGGUCGAAAAUUUGGAAAACCCAUCAGACCAUAUUGACGAGGUUCUAAAGCGUAUCAAACCCGAGUAUCUUGCACGGAUAUACAAAGUGACGUCAUAUGCGGAUGUUACUGACUUUCUUGAACAGGUUGCAAAGCGGUCAGGUCGUCUGCUGAAGGGUGGUGAAGCUGACACAGAAACUGUUUCAAAAAUGAUCUUAGCCGACUUUCAAAGAGGACGUUUGCCAUAUUUUGUCCCACCUCCAAAGCCAGAUGGCUUUGAAGUAUCAAACCAAACGAAAAAGAUUGAUAAGAUCGAGUUUGUACCUGCCACAAAUAAUGAAAAAGCGGAAGGGGAUAAUGAAGUUGCUGAAAAGGCUCAACCGGAGAAGCGUGUCAAAGGAGUAAAGCAGGACCUAGCAGGUCUCCAUGUUGAACCUGACUUUAUCGAAGAAGAUAUAGAGGGUGAUCCGAUGGAUGAUAAUGAAGACCUGCUAAUUGACGGCGAGGAAGAAGAAGAGCUAUUGUCGGCAGAUGAAGAUGAUGUCAGUGAAGAUGGUGAAAAAGAAACAGAAAACCAAGGUGACGAAGAAGUUAAUGAAAGAGGGGGUGGCCAGGGUGGUGACACAGCUAUGCUUGUUGAUCUAACAACCACUGUUGAGGAGAAUCUAAAUUCUUUUGAGAUAUUACAGGAAGACAGAGAUGGCAGGAAGAUAAAGACAGACAAGAAGCAGUCUAAGGCUGCCAAGAAGAAACGAAGUGCUGAUCAGUUGAAAAAGAAAGCAGGUGGUGAUCUUUCUUUCACCGUGGUGGCCUCAGAAACGACAUCUUCCGAUGAGAAUAUUAGUGAAGGCUGUAUUUCAAAAAUCAAAGCAAAGAUUGAGACCGAAGAUGAGGAGCAGAUACUGACUAGCCUUACUCCUGAAGAAAAAGCGUUUCUUGGGAUUAAAGAAGAUGAAGAUGAAGAUGAUAGUGAAGAAGAUGAAAGUGAAGACGAGGAAGAGGAAGAGAUGAGUGAUUAUGGCGAUGAAGGGGCUCAAAAUAAUAAGGAUCAGGCAGUUGAUGCUAAAGAAGAUGAAGAAGAUGACGAGGAAGAAGACACACGUGAAGAAAGAGUUAAAGAAAAAGAAGGAAACAAACGUUCAUCCAUGAAGGACAGCAGAAAUGUUUCUAUUCCAACAAAAUCUUCACAGAAAGAGGUGGUUUCGAGCAAAGUGAAUACUCCACGUAGUCUAAAAGGAAAAUCUACACAAGAGGUUAAUUAUGAAUACGGCUCAGCGAGAAACUGGACAGUAAAGAAUGACUCAUCAUACAAAAUCUCACACAGUCCACAUGUGUUAUGUAUCGAAGCUGUUGAUAUAAACACAGACAGCACACCAAGAUCAAAAGAAAACAGAGAACAGAAAAUGAAAAGACGAUUCAGUGAUGACAGUGAUAGUGAAGACGAAGGAACAAAACGAAAGAGGAAAGAGAAGAGGAUGACGACAAACAAAAAGAAGAUAGGUGUUCAUUACUACCAACAAGCCAACGUGAAAAAUAAGAAUAAAAAUAACAAGACUGGCAAGGACAAGAGAAACAGUAAUGAAUCUUUUAAAAGUAAGAAAAACCGCAAUACGAAAAAGAAUAAAAGAUAAAUUGUUGUAUUUUUGUUAUUGAUUUAAUUCCUGUUGUUAUCUUUAAAUAUAUAUUUGUAUUUUCCUUU